GCCUGCAGAGGAGGUCUAGGAAAAAUCAUCAGCAUCCUCUGUCGAUUAUCUCUUUCUCUUUCUGAAUUUGUUUGGGUGUUGGUUACUAUUUACGUAAAGUAUUGUAUUAUUCUGUUUCUUGUUUCUGGUUUUUUGGCAUAAGAAGGAAAAAGAAGAAGAAGAAAAGAAAUGGUCUCUGGGCUAAUCAACGCCAAUCCAGUAAUUUAUGAGAAGAAGGAGAGACGGGUUCGAAGUUCUCCAAGUGUUGGUGAUGAUGAGCAUGCUGUUGAGCCUAUUGAUCAACUUGAAGUUUUUGAUCAUAUUAGAGACAUAAAGGAUCCGGAGCAUCCUUACUCUUUGGAAGAGCUUAAAGUGGUAACGGAGGAUGCGAUUGAAGUAGAUGACAAUCACAGUUAUGUCAGGGUGACAUUCACUCCAACAGUUGAACAUUGUAGCAUGGCAACAGUCAUUGGUCUUUGCUUGAGAGUGAAACUUAUGAGAAGCCUGCCACAACGUUACAAGGUGGAUAUCAGGGUUGCCCCAGGAACUCAUGCAACUGAAUCUGCAGUUAAUAAACAACUAAAUGAUAAAGAGCGAGUAGCUGCAGCAUUGGAAAACCCAAACCUGGUGGAUAUGGUCGAUGAAUGUUUGGCUCCUUCAUAUGCCUGAAACAUUCCACCUACCACAGCUGAAAGCUUUCUGUGCACACCUUCACUCAAGGCAGCUCAUGUUAUUACGACUACCAUGCAAUUGCUUGUCAUUGUUCUUCCCAUCUUUUUGUUACCCUGAUAUGUAUACAUAAAUGAGGUUUAAAUCCUUAGAAUGCAGUUCGAAACUGACCUUUGGUAGAGUUGAACUCUGGCUCUCUCGGCGACUAUACGAUUUCUUCAGGUUGUCUUGUUAUCUCACUUUUAUGUUUGUAUACUAUGAUUUAUAUAAUAGGUAUUGCGAGGUUUAAAUGAAUAACAAACAGUGUUGGACCCA